GCAUGCCAAAAUCUCUUCGUAACGACGAUACACAUGCCACUCCAUUGGUGGAGAAAUUUAUUGUUUUGUUUAAAUCAACGUUUCCAACCAUUCCAAUACUUACAUUGGACGAACGUUUUACGUCUAAAAUGGCUUUUCAAACCAUGAUCGACAGCGGUCUCAAAAAGAAAGACCGACAGAACAAAGCAUUGCCUAUCUUACGCAAAGUAAGUGCAGCGAUUACACCCGAAUAUCCUGAAUUAAAAGAACUACUUUCCAAUAUGUGGGAAACGCUUUAUCAUUCCAAUGGAGUGGGACUUGCAGCACCUCAAAUCAAUCAUGGAAUUCGAUUGUUCUUGGUUGAUAGCUUACAAAUAGUAGAAAAUGCCGAUGAAGAAGAUAAGGAUACUUACAAGGAUGAGAAGCCCAUCAAACAAGUUUUUAUAAAUCCUACGAUUGUAAAACUUGAAGGGGAUGAAUGGAAAUACAACGAAGGUUGCUUGAGUAUACCU